GCGUCAUAAGCCCGCGUUUGAUGCACGUGAAUAAGAAUGAGAAUAACACACAGUAUGGCGGCGUUUUUCUUAAACUAGGACAGAAACUACUAAGAGGAGCGAGUAUUGGUCUUGUUGAGUCUAAGUAGUUUUCUAGGAGACAUGCGCCGCUGUUGGUAGUUUGAAUUGGAUUAUUUUAGUUUCAAUGCUUUGGUCUUCCAGCAGAAAUGUCUCUGUUUCUUGUCAACAGGUAUCUUGGAGACGAGGAGGAUGGCGUCGUCUCCAAGGUGUCCCAUUCCCAAGCGCUGCUGACCAAACUGCAGCAGAAGGUGAAGCAGAAACAAAAACAGAUCUUAGCAAAGCAGAGAGAAUGGACUGGUGAAGAAGAAACCGAGCAGCAGGAAGUUCCGUCAGAGACCAAAGACGAGAAACGAAGCAGCGAAGAGCAUCAACAGCAGCAGAAGAAGAAGAGGAGGAAAUCAAAAGCGGGAGUUUUACUUGAUGCAGAUUCUAAUAAUUCUGAGCCUGCGGGGAAAAAGAGGAGAAAGGGAGCUGUGGAUAAGAAGCAGAGGACUCAAGAAUCGGGUCAGUCAGCGGCGGGUGUUUCUCCAGAGAGCUGCAGGCGUGAAACGGAGCGGGAACAGGAAGUGGAAGAGCCAAACAAGGACUCGUCUGCAGCGACAGGAUUCCGUGUCCUCGGAGGUUUUGAAAGCAGACCUGUCAAUAAGGCGACGCGGGUCCUGCCCCAGUGGCUCGCUGAGCCCGAUGUCAUUCACAGAGACAUUAAAUGCAAUCUGGUUCCUCUCUCCUCUGUUUCUGGGGUUUCUGCUCAGCUGCUCAGGAAGCUGGAGGCGAAUGGAAUCCAGCACUUUUUUCCAGUGCAGGCAGAGGUGAUCCCGGCCAUAUUGGAGGGCGCUCAGCAUGGACUUCUGAUUGGUCGAGGAGGCUACAGACCCAGAGAUCUCUGUGUUUCUGCACCAACAGGCAGCGGAAAGACUCUGUCAUUUGUCAUUCCUGUCAUUCAGGUGCUGAUGGAGCGGACGGUGUGUGAGAUCCGGGCUCUGGCCGUGCUGCCAACCAAAGAGCUCACGCAGCAGGUCUACAAAGUGUUUGCGUCGUACGCCGAAGGAACUCCUGUGAAAGUGGUCAUGCUGGGGGGUCAGAGGUCGUUUGCUGCAGAGUGCGCUUCGCUUUCGGAGCAACGAGGCAGUGUGAGGUGCAGCGCAGCAGACAUAGUCGUCGUCACUCCAGGUCGACUGGUCGAUCACAUCAGCAAAAACCCCGGCUUCUGUCUGGAACAUCUCCGGUUCCUGAUAAUCGACGAGGCCGACAGGAUGAUCGACAGCAUGCACCAGUCAUGGCUCAGCCAGGUGCUGAAGGCGGUGUACUGCUCGGCGGCCGGACCGGAGGCCAGAACCCUGUUCAGGAGGACGGAGCCCGCAUGCAUCACAGCAGCCAGUCUGUCUCCAGGUCAGAUGCCGCUCCAGAAGCUGCUCUUUUCCGCCACGCUCACCCAGAACCCGGAGAAGCUGCAGCAGCUGGGCCUCCACCAGCCCCAGCUCUUCAGCUCCGUUCACGGCCCGUCCAGCAGCACGACGGCCGCAGACCCCACCCACAAACACGAGCGCUUCGACUUCCCCCAGGGCCUCACGGAGUUUUAUGUUCCGUGCACGAUGAACAAGAAGCCCCUGCUCAUCCUUCACUUCAUCCUGUAUCUGAAGCUCCGCCCCAUCCUCUGUUUCACCAACUCCAGAGAGACGGCACACAGACUCUACCGUUUGGUGCAGCUGUUUGGCGGAGUGCAGGCGGCUGAGUUCUCGUCGCGCCUCUCUCCCGGCGAGAGGAAGAACACCCUGAAGGACUUUGAACAGGGGAAGAUCCAGCUGCUGAUCAGCACAGACGCAGCUGCCAGAGGCAUCGAUAUCAACGCUGUCAAAUGUGUGGUCAACUAUGACGCGCCGCAGUACAUCAGGACCUACAUUCACAGGAUCGGAAGAACAGCGAGAGCUGGAAAACCUGGACUGGCCUUCACCUUUCUGCUGGGGGUUCAGGAGAAUAAUUUCCUUCGGAUGGUGAUGGAGGCAGGAAGCCCCGGGGUUCAGAAGCAGCUGGUAAAACCAGAAAGCCUGAAGGGGAUGGAGGAGCGCUACGAAGUGGUGCUGCAGGAGCUGGCUGAUGUCAUCAAGGAUGAGAAAUCCAGACGUUGAAGCUUCAAGUCGUCAGAUUUUCACCUGAGAUUCGGUUUUAAUGCCGUCUUUGGAAAUGGUCACAGAUGGGGUUUUUUUUACCGAACAGUUCAUUUAAUAAAAGCUUCUCUAAUAACUCCA